UGAUGACUGCUGCAAUCGGGAUGAGCCAUUGGAUGAGAAGAGCCAUCGUCCUCUUUGCCUUCGUCAUGAUGGUGACCUCUCAGGAAGGCAAGGUUGAAACCUUGGACCUUGCAGAGCAAGCAUUCGAUGACCAAUACUUGGGGUGCAGAAGGGACAUGGCCCGAAAACUGGAAGAAAAUAAUGUUCUUAACAUUGAAAAUCAGAACAAUAAGAACCUGAGGAGAGCCUGGAAAGAAUCCAAUACCUUGUGGAUGCAUAAGAAGGAUGACUUAAAGGACAUACUUCCUCAAGGGUUUGCAGAUGAUCAUGGCAUCGCUCUACUGACCUACACGAGUUUCAUUAGAAAAGACUUCAGCAAUGCAGUGAAAUCAGCAGGAAAGUCCUACAGCAGCUACAUGGAUGACUUUGGCUACAAAUGGCUUCACUUUUAUGUCACCACAGCACUUGGCCUCCUGUCGCGGAGUAAGAUGCGCAGUAAUUACACAGUCUACAGCAGAAUCAAUGACCACAUCCAGGUGCCACCAAAUGGAAGCAUCUAUGUCAAGUUUGGCCACUUCUUAUUUACAUCGUUAGAUGAAGAUGAAGCUGCGCUAAUGGGCAACAAGUCAUUACUAAUCAUAGACAAAUAUCCAGGAGUCAGCAUUGAACAUUUCUCUCAAUACCCCUCUGAACGAGAGGUUCUGGUCCCGGGAUACGAGGUGUUCAAUCUCUCCUUGGUGGAAGAGGAGGAUACUUUCAUGCUCAGGACGACACAGGUUUUCUGCAGCAAUUUCAACUGUGCUUACAUUAAAGGUGAGAAGUCCAAGCAGUCUGUCCACGAAUGUAUGAAAACUGCAGGUAAGUGUCUGCAACUUCAGCAGGCAAGAUGCUCGCCCCGGGCUGCUUUGGUCUAGUUCUGGUUCUUCUUGUGGCUGCUCUCCUGUGAUACAUUGUUUACUACAAAGUUCUUCCUUUAUACACAUGAAUGGCUACAGUGUUUAUAUUUACAUAACAGUCACAAUUUACAAGCUUAACGAUGUCUGGAAGAGACGAGCAUCGGGCUCUGAGGGCCAAUUAAUACCAUCAAUGAAGGAUCAUACCUGACAUUAUCUGCAAAACUAAACCUAAUACCAACCUGUAAAAUAUAAAGACACGAAUUUCAGACGGCA